GUUUACGCUCCGCCGUCACGUGACCACCGUUUGAAAGCGAGGCGUACCCCAAUGGCGUACGGACUUAUAACGAAAUGGGGUGUUUGAAUGUCGAUCAUGUCUAUGGCCAAAGUAGUUGACGUUUAAAGACACGAUGCUCAUACAAGAACCAGUGCAGGCUGCGAUCUGGGACGCUCUGAACAACUAUGCAGUUACUGAUGCUACUUUUUUGGCUGAAAGAUUAUUUUCAGAAGUUGCAAAUGAUGAGUCUUUGUAUCUUCUUGCUACCUGCUAUUAUCGGGCAGGGAAACCUGUUCAGUCUUAUUUACUGUUGCAGUCCCGUGGAUGCCACACGGCUCAGUGCAAGUACCUUUUGGCAAAAUGUUGCUUUGAUACUGAUAGAUUAUCAGAAGCUGAAGAGCUCUUGGUUGGAAAUGCUGUCUCGAAGAGCAAAACAUUUGAAGAAAUUGAAGUGGAAUAUGGUCCAGUGGCCUGCCAUGUAUUUAGCUUAUUAGGAAAUCUUUAUAGUAAAACGGAGCGAUUUUCACAUGCUUCAGAAUGUUAUCAAAAAAGUUUAAAACUAAAUCCUUUAUUAUGGUCUUCAUUUGCUAAACUCUGCAGUCUAGGUGAAAAAGUUGAUGUUACAAAGAUCUUCCAGCCACCCAAAGUCCCCUUUCCUCAGUCUACACCUAUCCACAGCACCAAUCCUUUUUACCAACCUCCAGAUGGAAAAUUAAAAUUGAUGCAAUUACACCAGUCUCCUCACAUAAUCCCUAGUUCUCAGGACAGCAUUACUCCAGUGUCAGACUGUACACCUGCAGGAAUUUGUAAGUUCGAGUCUCCCUUGCCAGCAGACAAACUAAUGACGCCAGAUGCCUUGAGCCCUCCUAGCAGUACGGAUAGUUCCUUUCACCAAGGAAUUCAAUCUUUGCGUGCCAGUCGCGGACAGUACCUCAGUAGUGGCAACCGUCUUAAUUUUUCUUCCCUCAGUCCUUUAACUCCAAGUUUUGGAGUGUUUCCAUUAGAAGUACCGAGUCCUCAAGAGAGUGUGCCCUAUAUUACUCAAGUUACUCCUGUUGGUCUUUCAGAGAAUUUAGUUUCUGAUCAACCCCGUGCACCCCGGGGUCAAAAGCCUGUUACACGUAGAAGUCAAAACCAAAACCUUCAUCCCUCCAUACCAAAGCCGACAGUUUUUAGUCAAUCAGGCAACACCAACACGCGAGAACUGGCUACUUCUAAUCAACAGUCAGGGUUGCAGACUAAUGUAACAAAUGUUCGUCGCAGUCAAAGAUUAUUUGGGAAUUCUAGCUCUGUUAAAGAAAACAACAAAAGUCAGAGUAAGUCACGCUUCACAAGUCCCAAGUCUGGUACUAGAAAGUCUAAGAGCAAACUGAGCAAGUCACAGCAAGAAAUGAACGAGAUCAACAAAGGAGAGAACAUCCUUGAUUGUAAGCAGUCUUGUGGUUAUGAUGGCCCUAACUAUUCCCAGUUGGCCCAUAUGAGACAACAGUCACUAGCUGGUAUACUGAAACUGCUGCAAAGUAUGGGGCGAGCAUUCCAGGCUCUGACACAGUACGAGUGUAAACGGGCUAUUGAAUUGCUCAGUGAGUUACCACAACACCAGUACCAGACUGGCUGGGUCCUUUGCCAAGUGGCUAGAGCCUACUUUGAGCUAAACAAUUACAUUCAAGCUGAAAAAGUGUUUGCUGAAUUGCGUGAAUUGGAACCGUACCACAUGGAAGGGAUGGAUCUAUACAGUACUGCUCUUUGGCAGCUACAGCGUGAAGUAGAAUUGUCUGCUCUGGCACAAGAACUCACAGAAAUGAAUAAAAAUGCUCCUGAGGCAUGGUGUGCAACGGGGAACUGUUUUAGUUUACAGAAAGAGCACGAUACAGCUAUUAAGUUUUUUCAAAGAGCAAUUCAGGUUGAUCCUAAUUUUGCCUAUGCAUAUACUUUACUGGGCCAUGAAUAUGUCUUUACAGAAGAAUUUGAAAAAGGUUUAUCGAGUUUCCGUAAUUCUAUACGAGUUGAUUCCAGACAUUAUAAUGCAUGGUAUGGAGUUGGAAUGAUCUAUUAUAAACAAGAGAAAUUCCAACUUGCUGAAUUGCACUUCAAUAAAGCACUGAUGAUUAAUCCCAAAAGUCCUGCUCUGCUUUGUCACGUUGGUGUGGUGCAACAUGCAUUGAAGAAAUCGGAAAUGGCGCUACAGACCCUUGAUAGAGCCAUUUCUAUUGAUCCCAACAACCCUCUUUGUAAAUUCCAUCGUGCUUCCAUUUUAUUUGCCAAUGAUAAACAUAAAGAAGCCUUAGAAGAAUUAGAAGAACUGAAACAAAUUGUCCCUAAAGAAUCUUUAGUAUAUUUUCUAAUAGGAAAGGUACAUAAAAAACUUGGAAAUACCCAUUUAGCUCUGUCUAAUUUUUCUUGGGCAAUGGAUCUGGAUCCAAAAGGUAUAAAUAAUCAAAUUAAAGAAGGCAUAGACAAACGCUAUGUAACAGACGAUGAUGAUUCUCUUGUCAAAAUGAACGAUCCAGUUGGUGUUGAUGACAACGGUGGAGAGGCUGAUUCUCAAGAGGCUGCUUCUCGUAGCAAUUCCUCUAACAUUUCCAAUAUUGAUCAUGAGGACCUUCAACUGCAGGCCAUGGAGAGCGAUGAGAGUUUGUGAUAGUGGCUUACUAGUGUCGGUGGUUGGUUUGGCAGUUAGUGAUGUGGUGUAUGUAUGCCUGUAUGUACAAGGUGGGGGGGUUGGUUGGUUGCAGUUGCUGGUGGCGGCGGCACUGGGGCAGGAAGCAGAAAAGAGCAGCAGGAAGAUCACAGAUGGUGGCAACAACAACACAUGGUCUGCUUUGUUAUUAACCAAAUGGAAAGAUAGCAAGAUGAUCAAUCUGCCAAACCAGAUGGACAUAGGUCAUUUUUUUUUUUUUUUUUGUGACUCUUUCUCUCUUCUCUCUCCUCCUCUUCCUCCUCCAAACUGUCAGAGACAGAUAAACAUUUCCAAAUGACAGCUGAUAUUCAGCUUCUCGUAUUGUUAGCUGAAAACUAAAUGGACAGAAAUUCCAAGCAAAAAAAUAUUACAAAAAAAAAAAAUAAAAGAAAAAAAUAAAAGCACACACACACAUCCACACAUAAACGCUCUCAUACAAACAAAUUGUAACACCUCCUCCACAAAUAAAAUAUUAAAAUAAAUAAAAAAAAAAAAUCUUUCAGGAAAACAAAAAAAAAAACCUCCCAAAAAAGAACUGAAAGAAGACGAAAUAUCUGCUAGGCAAAUUGGUAUUAGUAGAUAUGUGUCCAAGAAUUCUGACUUUUCCUUUUAUUGUUUAUUACCAUAACUUCUCUCAGCCUUGUUGUUUCUACAACAACAAUUGCUUUGACAGCUCAAAGGAAAUAAUAAAUAUAUAUAAAAUAA